AUGCGCGUCCACGCCCCCUCGCUUAUUGUCCCGUUCUUCCUUUCUGCGACAGCAACAUCACAGAAUAUCCUUGUUCCCCCGGAAACCUUCACAGACUCUACAAUUUUCGAUACCAUGUUCAAGCAACUAUACCCUUGGGGCCCAGACCAUAAUGGUGCCGCUCGAAUGAAUCCCUCCCAAGUGAGCUUCCCUGGAAACAACACCCUGAAAAUCACUGCCAAGCGCGUCACGGGCGAAAAGCCUGCCCGCUUUGAAAACAAAGACCUGCCAAUAAAUUACCUCUCAGGCGCCGUACACGCAAAACAGCAAUUCACAGUUGAGAAAGGCGGGGGUCUGGAAUUCGAGGCCGAAUUUAACGCUCCUGUAGCAAAAGGAACUUGGCCAGCGUUUUGGCUAACCGCUGUCAAGGGUUGGCCGCCUGAGGUUGAUAUCGCCGAGUGGAAAGGAAGUGGAAAGAUUAGUUUCAACACUUUCAACACCAGUAAAGAUGUUGAUGCCAAGGAUGUCCAGUACCCGAACCCCGGGGGUUGGAAUUCUAUCAGUGCUCGAUUGAGAGAUGAUGGGAAAGGGAAUGUCGCCACCAAGUACUUCAUGAAUGGCAAGGAGGUUACGACGCAAACCGGAAAAGGCUAUACUGGGAAACCGUUUUGGUUGUGAGUAAUCUUGCGGAAAAUUUGCCACGGUGGAAGGAACGUAUUACUAACCAGGAUCUUAGCAUCAUAAACAUGCAAAUGGAAGGCAGUUCAGGGGCCCCAGGACCAAAUAAAGGUGAGUUCUGACUGUUGUCAAAUUUUCAAGAAACUGUGUUAACCAAACCUGCAGAUGUAACAUACCAGAUCCGAAAUUUAAAAAUUACCAGCAUGAACGAACAAACCUCAAAUGACCCUCUGACACCUCCGCCUCCACUUCCGCCAAUCGUCCCUUUUACUCCAAAUAUCACUUUGCCAAACAUCACCUUUCCAAACAUUACUUCUCCAAAUAUUACGCUUCCCUUGAACGUCACUCUUCCGCCAGAUGGCACUCUUCCACCAGAUGGCACACUUCCACCGGAUGGCACUCCUCCACCAAAUGUUAAAUUCCCAGAUGUCACUCUUCCACCGGAUGCCGCUCUUCCACCAAAUGCCAAAUUUCCAGAUGUCACAUUUCCUCCAACCGAUGUUUCUCCUGAAGAAUAA